GGUCUGUGUCUCUCGAGUCGCUGCCGAGAUUUUUACAAGAUGAAGGCCGUUGCUCUGCUGUGUCUUGCUGCCACUUUGGCUGUCACUGCUGCCUUGCCUGCAGCUGCUCCAGCGGCCCCGAUGAUCCCCUCUCCUGCCAUGAUCCAGGCCUUCAUCCCGACGCCCGAGGAGAUCCAGGCCCUCAACGCCCUCCACACCACGCCCGCCCCGGGGGUCGUGCCCACUCCAGGGGCCGCCCCCGUCGGACCUCCAACCAUGCCUCCUGCAGUAGCAAAUCUGGUCGCCAAGUACAAGGCCGCAGUCGCAGCCUUCAUCCCUUCCACUGCGGCGCCUGCCAGCUGAGGCCGUCUCCGUAUGAGCGGUGACCGGCCGAUCUACAAGGCAAUUUUCCUUUAGUGAAUUACUAAAAAAAAAUCAAUAUGCUCUACGUCAUAAGUAUUCAGUUUCUUCAGCCAACCUUGAAUUAUGAAUCUAAAAGUAAAUAAAGAGUGAAGAUAU